AUGAAAUGGACCAGCAACUACUGUCACCCGAAAUCCGGCAUUACGCCCACGAUUCACAGAACUGACUCGUCGCAUCCGGUGCGAAGUCAGCCGCAGAAAAGGCCGGAAAGACAGAACUUCCACGAAAUUGUGGCGAUCCCCCGUCUAGUCACCGUCAGCUUCAAGGUGGAGCCCAGUUGCCUGAUGUGUGCUGUUUUGCAAGCAACUGGCCCAUUUCACACAGUCCGUAUGGCCGGUUGCUCGAGUCGUGAGGAGUGGGACAGCAGAAAUGAGGUGGGCUUCGCAGCAGACACGCAACUCCUGCCCGGUUUGCAUCCGUUUCAGGCCUGUCUCGAUGCAAGCAGGAAUUGA